GUAUUUACUUUUUAAUGUUACAUCGAAGUGUUUCAUGUAUGAAACAUUUUGCGGCAUUUUACUAUUUAAUGGUGAUUUGAUUCAAGUUGGUAUUACUCGUAAAUCAGCAGAAGCAUCAUGUCCUCUGAUGCAGUCAGUGAUUCCCGAGCUAAUGCUAAUGAGCAGGAGGUCCAGGCUGAAGGAACUGAAACACUGUCAAAAAGACAGAGGAAGAAACUUCUCAAGCAGCAACUAUGGGAAGAACAGAGAGACCUGCGCAAGCAGAAGCGCAAGGAGCGGAAGCAGCAGCGGAAGUUGGAAAAACAGACGCAGAGUGAGGAUAGAACAGACUUUCCAGACAGAAAGCGUGUUCGCAAAGAGGCAGAGCCUAGUCCUCUCCGUCUGGUCAUAGACUGCAGCUUUGACAACCUCAUGAUGCUCAAGGAUGUAAAGAAACUUCACAAGCAGAUUCAGAGAUGCUAUGCAGAGAACAGAAGAGCAGCACACCCAGUGAAGUUUUAUAUAACAAGCCAUGAUGGGCAGUUGAAACAAUAUAUGAACGAAAUUAACAAAGGCUGGGUCAACUGGAAGGAUGUCCAUGUCAAGUCAGAGCAUUUUCAUGAAGUCUUAAGCAAAGAGGAUUUGGUGUAUCUUACCUCUGACUCGCCCAACAUUCUCCAGGAGCUUGAUGAGACCAAAGCCUACGUGAUUGGAGGCCUGGUGGACCACAAUCACCAUAAAGGAAUCUCUUUUAAACGGGCCACAGAUCUUGGAAUCGCUCAUGCUCAACUUCCACUGGGAACUUUUGUCAAGAUGAACAGCCGCAAAGUGCUCGCUGUCAACCAUGUGUUUGAGAUUAUGUUGGCAUAUCUGGACAAACAUGACUGGCAAGAGGCUUUCUUCACUGUACUGCCUCAACGUAAAGGAGCUGUACCUCUGGACCAAGAGGACAAAGAGGAGCAGGAUGAGAAUGAAGAAGACUCUGAUGCAUGUGAGCCAGGGACACAAAACAGUGAUGAUACAAAAGACCAAAGAAACGGGAAACAGGAUAAACUUGAAACUCAACACAACCAGUCAGAUUCAUGUGAACGGACUGCUGUGUAAGAAGAAUUUUUUUUUAUUUUAUUUCUUUUAUUUUUUUUUUCAUUUUAUGUAAAUUUUAUUUCAUGCCAGGGUUUGGAAAGACUUGUGCUGAAAAAGAUUUUUGUUUUGCUUACCAGUGCCUAAGUUAUUGAUAUUUUUGUUUCAACAGUAAUGAAAGUGAUUUUGAGAUAUGAGUGUUUAUCUGCCAAUAAAGAUGAGAUCUGAUCUCCUGCCAAAUGUACUGUUUAUGUCCAGACAUGUCAUUGUGUUUUCAAGUUUUUAUUUUCAAGAAUAAAUAAAAA